AUGCGGUUUCGCCCGUCGGACGUCGUCGAAGGAAUAUUCGGCCGCGUGCUCACGAGAGCUACUGCGAAGGAUCUCAUUAGCUCGUUGGCACUUUUCGACCCGACCAUCCGUGUUAUCGUCUCGCCUUUUCUUGCUAUUGGUCCGCCUUCAGUAUGCUGGUUCCUUCGAAUUGACUCGUCCAAGGACGGCAUGAAGCCUAAGUUGUGUAUCUCUCCUGCCUGCCUAUGA